UAUCUUCCAAAACUCAUCCCUGAUUUGCAUCGGACGACAACAAAUUAUUGCCGAAUUCAUAAACAAUAAGGCUACGCUUAAAUGGAUACGCUUUGAAGGACGCUUAAAGUCCCUGGGUCAAUCAUGACAGCUUGCGUUUUAUGCCAGGAUAGCACCGACGCCAUCUUCAACCUAUGUUCCGAAGAGGGCGUCCGGCUUAACAUAAGGGACAUCAUAUCCAAGCACUUUUCAUUUUUUGAAUUGCCUAGUACAGGCAGCGAUGUGGAGGCUAUUUGUCGGCCGUGCUGGACAUGCGUCACCAGCUUCGACGAACUGUACCAAAAGGUAUUUAAGCUGCAUCAGAUGGGCGGUGACGCGAAAAGCGUUCCCAUCGUGUUUUGUGGGGAAUCGGAGCCUAUCAAUCCACUGUUCACCCUGGAAGUGGAUGCCCUAGCCGAGGGAUUUUUCGCUCCCAACGAAGUGAAAGUGGAGGUGAACGAAUUGGAACCCCUCCCAAAACUGGAACUCCUCGAAGACCCCGUUGAUACAGAAUCCAAGUCAGGCAACAAGCGGACCAGAUCUCAAGCGGAGUGCCCCUCACAACCAAAGCGUCGCAUUAAAAACGAACAGCCCGUGGACAGUGAAUCGGAUGUUCCAUUAUCGGUGUAUCUGGAGACAGCUCCGCUCAGAAGAAGCACUAGGCGUGGACGGCCACCCAAGGCCAAACCAGAACCACCCCCUUCUUCGCCCAAAAAGGAGUGCCUUUCAGAAGAAGAGCCUGAAAACGAUAUGAAUGACACAGAAUUUGAGCCGCCGGAAGCUGUUUUGGGUACCGAUGACAGUAGCCCUUCCAGCAGCGACAGCAGUGGCGAAGAUUCGGAUAACAGCCUGCCAGACAUUGAGCCAGAGGAACGGUAUGCUGAGAUUCCCAAGCGGGUUGUAGUCAAACCCAAGAAGUAUAGAAAACGUGAAAAGCCGCUUGUUCCGCCUGUACGAAUGAGUCGUGCGGAGAUCGAGCGACGAAAGCAGCAACAGGACGAAUAUGAUGAGGUUAUUCUGGGAUUUUUCAAGAAGCUUCCCUGUUCCAUUUGCAAUCUUCUUGUGCAGAAUUUUGGCGACAUGCGACGACAUCUGCGCAUGUCCCACAACAUUGAGUCGGGAUAUAUCAUGUGCUGCGGAAGGAAGUUCCACUUACGCAAAGGGCUGGCGGAACAUGUGAUGGUACACAGGAACCCAGAUCACUUUAUGUGCUCGCAGUGCGGGCGGGUGUUCCCAGACUCGCGAGCUUUGGAAGUACACGAGCAGACGCACAUAAAUCCCGAGGUGAAAACGGAACCCAAGGACAAACCCAUUUACCAGUGCGAUAAGUGCCCAAAGAGUUUUAUCACCAAGGCGGCCAUCGAGUACCACAGAAUCUCCAAACAUGUGCCCAAGUCCGAGUUCAAGUAUUCCUGUCCAGAGUGCAAUAAGAAAAUACCCACUGAGCGAAAAUUAAAGGAGCACAUGCGGUACAUGCACGACCCCGAAUCGGCUAUCAUCUGCGAUAAGUGCGGCAAGACACUGCGUUCCCAAACGACUCUCAAGAAACAUCACGAAUUGGAACAUUCCGACGUACCGCGACGUAAACCCGAUCCCGUGCAAUGCGAGAUUUGUGGCACCUGGCUGCGGCAUCUCUCUGGACUGAAACAGCAUAUGAACACGGUCCACGAGCCGCCGGGUGGCGAGCACCGUUGUCACAUAUGCAACAAGACCUCCACUAACUCCAGAGCCCUCAAGAGGCACAUCUACCACAACCACCUCUGCGAGCGCAAGUUCAAGUGCGGUAUGUGUGACAAGGCCUUCAAGCGCCCACAGGAUUUAAGGGAACACACUUCCACGCACACCGGUGAGGUGCUUUAUACCUGUCCCAACUGCCCCAUGACCUUCUUUUCCAACGCUAACAUGUACAAACAUCGCCAACGGCUCCACCGUGCCGAAUGGGAGGCGGACCGAAAGAAACCGCUGCCGCCGAACAUAAUGAAAAUUUCACAGGGCGCUACCACAGCGAUGAAGAAGCGCCAGACCAGCAGCGGCGUGUUCCCACAGUCGGAACAGAAGCAAUAGCAUUUCCCCAUUUACAACAUCUAGUAGAUAAAUCAUUGUCAACCAUUAUUAUUAACUCGCACUUAACGCAGAUAAGUUAGGCCAUAAAUAACUAGACAUGAAAA